AUGGCUGCCGUCCUCCGUCUGGGCUCUGAAGCCCCCAACUUCAAGGCCGACACCACUCAGGGUCCCAUUGACUUCCACGAGUUCAUUGGCGACAACUGGGUCGUCUUCUUCUCCCACCCCGAGGACUUCACUCCCGUCUGCACCACCGAGCUGGGCGCUUUCGCCAAGCUGCAGCCCGACUUCACCAAGCGCGGCGUCAAGCUGAUUGGUCUCUCUGCCAACACCGUCGACUCCCACCACACCUGGAUCUCCGACAUCAAGGAGGUCACUGGCGGUCAUGUCACUUUCCCCAUCAUUGGUGACAAGUCUCGUCAGGUUUCCCUGCUCUACGAUAUGAUCGACCACCAGGACGCCACCAACGUCGACGAAAAGGGCACUGCCUUCACCAUCCGCUCUGUCUUCUUCAUCGACCCCAAGAAGAAGAUCCGCACCAUCCUCUCCUACCCUGCCUCCACCGGCCGCAACGCCGCCGAGGUCCUCCGCAUCAUCGACUCCCUCCAGACCGGCGACAAGUACCGCGUCACCACCCCCAUUGACUGGCAGCCCGGCCAGGACGUCAUCGUCGCCCCCGUCAUCAAGGACGAUGAGGCCAGGAAGCUGUUCCCCAACUUCAAGACCAUCAAGCCUUACCUGCGCAUGACUGCCCUGCCUGAGGUCUCAUAG